AUGUUCCUGUACAACUUCUUGCUCUUCCUGGCCAUUGGUCUGAUCGCUCUUGUCAGUGCAGCUCCGCUCUCUGAGGACGGCCUUGAGCUGCUCGACAUCACUCUCCCAAACCGGAACAUGACAGCUGAGGGCUACGAUCCCUCUUUCGAUUACUUCGACUACAGCACCAUCCAAAUCUGGAUGGGCAAGGACAAGGUUUCGGUCGGCACUAUGACCGGGGCAGAUCUUUACAAGACUGUGUACGCCUUGCUCGACCGCCGUUGCUCGCCCAACAAUAACCGCGACUGUAAUGGCGUGCAGUUUGGCACAUUUACCUUCACUAGCCGUUGCAUGGUUCACUGGCCUGGCGGCGUCGAGAAUUGUGACACCGACAUCUGGUCCGUUGGCGCUCAAUGGGAGAACGAUGAAGUCCGCAAGUUGCUCAUGGCCGCUGUCGCGCUUUCUUUGGAGGCUGUGACCACUCGCGAGAUCCAAGGACCGACCAACUGCUACGACGUUACUGGCAAGAAGGGUUGCAACGUUGGCGAUGUUGUUCGCGUCAACUUUCCCAAUUCUCCCGGCUCCAACCGACGCAAUUAUAUGCACAUCACUCUUUCCAACGGAAAGACUGGCUACGGAAACUGGGACUGCUGCGAAGGCGACAAGCGUCAGAUUAUGGAUCGGGCGGCGGAUUUUAUUGGCCCUAAGAUCGUUGAUCAAUUUUCGCAGUGGAAGGAUCGGGGCUUCAGCCGUGAUUCUCGCUGUAUCAUCAACGGCUGGCAGUCGUGUUAG